UAAAAGGAGACAGUAGCAUUCGGCCUCUUAUUGUGCAGCGCUUUCAGAGAAGAAGCAUAAUGUCUGGCAGAGGGAAAGGAGGGAAAGGACUUGGCAAAGGCGGAGCCAAACGGCAUCGCAAAGUACUUCGCGAUAAUAUCCAAGGCAUCACCAAACCAGCUAUCCGCCGCCUGGCUCGGCGUGGCGGUGUCAAGCGAAUCUCGGGUCUGAUCUACGAGGAGACCCGUGGGGUGCUGAAGGUUUUCUUGGAGAAUGUGAUCAGGGAUGCGGUCACCUACACCGAGCACGCCAAGCGUAAGACGGUCACUGCCAUGGAUGUGGUGUACGCUCUGAAACGCCAGGGCCGCACUCUGUAUGGCUUCGGCGGUUAAACGAUUCUUCCCUUUAUCCAAUCGACAAAACAAAGGCUCUUUUAAGAGCCACUCACCAUUUCACUGAGGGAGCAGUGACCGGGAACAUGAUCACAUUAUGUACUGAAUAAACUUUUAUUUAUUACCCGACCGCUGCAUGC